ACAAGUUGACAGAAAACUCUAGGAAGUAGGAACGAAGAUUUAAUUAGAUCUUGCGAUGGCAUGUUUACAAAGGGUUCUCGCCAGGCAUCAGAAGAAUAUAGCCCGACUAGCCAAGAGGUGCCUUUCAUCAACCAAUCAUGAUGGGUUCAAAGUUCGCCAACUCCAUGAAAAGGAAUCUGCCAGCCUUGCCAACAGUCAGACAACAGAGGGCAGCAGACUCACGAAUGAGGACUUGAAACUGUUCCACAGAGUCGACCCAGAGGGUUUCUUUGUCGCGUUGGACAAUGCGGGGGAUAUAGUCGGGACGAUAGGUGCUGUGAGGUGGACAGACAGGCUGGGGUUUAUAGGGUUUUGCCAUGCAGGAGAACGGGCCAAGGAUAAAGGAGUUGAAGAAGCUCUCUGGAUGGCAGCCAUGGAACAUCUAGGAGACAGGAAUGUUGGUAUCGAGGUUGAUGCCUCUGAAGCAGAGAAGUGCGGCCAGCUUGGUUUCCAGGAGGCAUGGAGAUCUGGAUGUUAUAAAGGAGUGGGCGUGUCACUACUACCCGAAGCUCAAUCAACCAAGAUUGUUAGAAGGAUCACAGAGAUGCCUUUCAGUAAGGUGGCAUACUUCGAUGAAGACCUAUUUGAUCUACAGAGGAUGAAGUUCUUGUAUCGCUGGGCAAACAUAGAGCCUCCUGCUGGUCACUCGUAUGCCCUCAGUGAAAACGAAAACGUGAUGGGUUACGGUGUCAUGCGGCAGCUGAACCUUUCCAAGAAGUACCGCAUCGCUCCCCUCUACUGCCAGCACACCGCCGUAGCUCAGGUCCUCCUUCUAGCGCUCCUGCACAACAUCCCUGAUCAAACGGUUUACAUCGACUCUCCGCUCUCUAACCCGUCUUUCACGAGGAUACUGACUACGGAUUUGAGGAUGGAGCAGAUCGGGGAGAGGGUUCGGAUGUACACCAAGGGUGACCCGGGCAUGCCCCUCCAGAAGAUGUUUGGAACUUUGGGAAGUGAUUUAGGGUCAUGACCUUUGACCUUGGCCAUUUGACAGACGGGUGCUUCACGAUUGUGAAGAAUAUGGAGGCUUGCAGAUUUAUAUUGAUGCUCGAGUUUAUGAAGUCAUGAUUUAGAAUCGGGUAUGCCCCUCCAGAAGCCGUUUGGAACUAUUGGAAGUGAACUCGGGUCAUGAACUCUGACCUUGACCUUUUGAUGGAUGGAUGCUUCAUCAUUUCAAAUGAUUUGAUUCAAUACUUGCAGCUACAAUCUUGAUUUUGGGAUAAUUAUACAUCAAAGGUGAACAUGGCAUGCCCCUGCAGAAGAUCUUUGGAACAAUGGGAUGUGACCUCAGGUCAUGACCUUUGGCCUUUUGUUAGACAGUGCUUCAUGUCUUCAAAUUAUAUAGAUAUUGAUGCUUGAACUUAUGAAAUCAUGAUUUGGAAUCAGGCAUACCGUUUCAGAAGCUGUUUGGAACUAAAGGAAGUGACCUCACAUCAUGACCUUUGACCUUUUGAUGGAUAAGUGCUACAUGAAUCCAAAGGACAUGGAAGAUUGGACAUUGAUGUAAAACUUACCGCUAGAACUCCUAGAAAAAUGGUUCAUUUGCUCUGAGUCUUAACAUAAUUUUUAAAUAGGGAGUUUUCGCACAGCGGCGCGGAAUGAAUCCUCCUACGCAGCGAAUGCAUUGACAAUGCAAGUCAAAUCACAAUGAAGUUUUUGUCGAGGGUUGGUGAAUCGGAAUAGCAGUAACAUCCGACGAAAAAUUGCAAAUAUGUUGUUUGUCCAGUGUCACAGAUGAAACUGACGUUUCAUUUGCCGACGCUCGAUGAAGACUUGAUUUAUGAUUUGACAAGCAUUUUCACUGCAUUUGCUGCGUUGAAAGAUUAAUUCUGCACUGCUGUGUGAAAACCCCUUAUUGACUUGGGGAAGCAGUAGCUGGUUUCUUCCCCUUCCAUCCCUCCUCCCUCUUUGUCUCUUUCUGUGACUUCCUUCCCCUGCCCAAUCUUUCUCCCUCAUCCCCCCUUUCCCUCUAUCCCUCUCUCUCUCUCCCUCUGUUUAGGUAGUGUCUAUUCUAAUGGUAUUCAGAGAUAAAAAUGAGUACAUGAAUUCUUGAAAAAAGUUACUAAAAUGUGCUUUGGAUGACCCAGCAUUGCUCGAACGACGGUCACAACCUUGAUUUCUGGAAAGAUAUAGGGGCAGGUUUCCCAUCGUCACUAGAGCAACUAUCACAAAACCAUGCAUGAUAAUACUGCACACUGGACUUCAAGCCCCGAUAUGCGCAUUUAUAAAUGUGAAACCAAAUUAAUAAAUAUACAAUCAAUGAGAGUAAUAAAUACAAAUUUUAUUAUAAAACAAAGCAUUGAUUCUCCAUUCAUUUUUUCAGUGUUGGUUAAAUC